ACGUCGGCAACGUGAUUAUGUUAAUAUCGGGUGCAGGCCUAUUUAAGCGAGCCUGAGCCCGCGCAGACUCAGAGAAGUCAGGCGAGCCCAAGAAUGGCGGGCACCGGUUUGGUGGCUGGAGAGGUUGUUGUAGACGCGCUGCCGUAUUUUGACCAGGGUUAUGAAGCGCCUGGUGUGCGGGAAGCGGCCGCGGCGUUGGUAGAGGAGGAAACUCGCAGGUACCGACCUACCAAGAACUACUUGAGCUACCUGACAGCCCCAGAUUAUUCCGCUUUUGAAACUGACAUAAUGAGAAAUGAAUUUGAAAGACUGGCUGCUCGACAACCAAUUGAAUUGCUCAGUAUGAAACGAUAUGAACUUCCGGCCCCUUCCUCAGGUCAAAAAAAUGACAUUACUGCAUGGCAAGAAUGUGUAAACAAUUCUAUGGCUCAGUUGGAGCAUCAGGCAGUUCGAAUUGAGAAUCUGGAACUAAUGUCACAGCAUGGAUGCAAUGCCUGGAAAGUAUAUAAUGAAAAUCUAGUUCAUAUGAUUGAACAUGCCCAGAAAGAACUCCAGAAAUUAAGGAAACAUAUUCAAGAUUUAAAUUGGCAACGAAAGAACAUGCAGCUCACAGCUGGAUCUAAAUUAAGAGAAAUGGAGUCAACUUGGGUAUCCCUGGUCAGUAAGAAUUACGAGAUUGAAAGGACUAUUGUACAAUUAGAAAAUGAACUCUUUCAAAUGAAGCAGCAACAUGGAGAGGCAAACAAAGAAAACAUACGGCAAGACUUCUGAAAAAGAUUAAUUUGGCGGGUAGGAAGGAAGGCUUUCACAGAAGAUCAGGCAUCUGAGCUAUGAGGAACAAUAACAUCCUAUGAAAAUCAUCCAGGUUAAAUGUGGAAACCGUAGAAUGUGGACUGUUAUAUGUCAUUUGUACAUUUAAGCAAAAUAAAAAAUUUCAAAAUGGUGG